AACUCUACGGCUCCUCCGAAAGCAGCGACCUUCAAACCGGACAAGAUGCUGCCGCUGUGAUAUCCUUACUUCUACGUACCCACUAGCGCUGCUUUCGAGCUCAACGUCUCGAGCAACUUGGUUUAUUUCUUCGUCGAUGGAACAAGAUCACCAGCUGCCAAUCGCUUGCUCUUUUUCAUCCUCGGCGCCACCGAACCUAGCAAUCAUUGGAGCCAUUCACCUUUUCUUACGUCAAGCGAUAACCCUCCUUAGCCCUGCCGGACCUUCUCUCUGUCUCUUUUCGUCUACCCACCUUGUUAUUCCCGACCUUCGCGUAUGCUUCGCGCACUCUGGAUUGUUUAUUGCGAACAGGUCGCGGCUCAUCCUCUUCUGGCUCCCUCUUGGACUGACCGGGAGUCUCAAGGACCUUGUCGAGAAGCUUGUCGAGAAAAGACAAAUAGGAGGAAUGUAUGUGCCAUCCCUGAUAACCUCUGGCAAGGCGAAGAACCAUGUCUUGUCGCCCUCACCCCCCCGCUCUCCUCCACCCAACUUUCCUGCAGGCCAUGCUGUCGGCUCCGUUGAGGUCAUGCUCGCCUUCAUGUGCCUCCACUGCUCGUACCACCUCUCCGCUCAGGAGAUGGAUGAUUGCGACGCUUGCCAUGAGCCCUGCAUGCGCAAGAGCUGUUGGCGCUGCGUCCGCGGCUCGCACGGCUGCAAGAAUGUUCCCGCCAUUCUCAUCCCAUACCUCAACGAUGACAUCCGUGCUAAGGAUGCUCUCCUGCUCGCCCGUCAUCGCCAGUCCGCCCACCUCCGCAUGUAAGAGCUCAUCGUCACGCGUGUCCUGGCCGAGUUCCA